AUGAGUAAAUUAUAUAUCCUUUUUGAGCAUGCUGCUGGCUUUGCCUUAUUUCGAGUGGCAGAGUUUGAAGAACUUGCAGCCUUUCUGCCUCAAGUCGAAGAAUCUGUAACAGACUUACAGAAAUUUAAUUCUGUUGUAUCUUUGAUUGGUUUCCAGCCAUUCAAAUCUGCUGUUUCAGCUCUAGAAAACAUAAAUGCUGUGUCUGAAGGUAUCUUAUCUGAAGACCUAAAUCUUUUUCUGGAGGGUUCACUGCCUAAGAAAAAGAAGAGGAGUAAAUGCACUCUAGGUGUCUUAGAUCCGAAACUUGGUGCAGCAGUUAGUGAGGCAUUGGAGAUACCAUGCUCACAUAUUGGUGCUGUCCCAGAAUUAGUAAGGGGUAUAAAAUUCCACUUCCAUGCCCUUAUCAAAGGGUUAACCCUAAAAGCAUGCUCUGUUGCUCAAUUGGGAUUAGGGCACUCUUACUCUCGUGCUAGAGUGAAGUUCAAUGUACACCGAGUAGAUAACAUGAUCAUACAGUCAAUAGCACUGCUGGAUCAGCUUGACAAGGACGUAAACACCUUCUCAAUGAGGAUCAGAGAAUGGUACUCUUACCACUUCCCAGAGCUUGUGGCUAUUGUCCCAGACAACCAUCUCUACACAAAGUGUGCAGAAUAUGUCAAAGAUAGAAAGUCCCUUACAGAGGAAUCUCUGGAGCCAUUAACUGAGAUACUUGGUGAUUCAGAGAAGGCGCAAGCUAUUAUUGAUGCUUCCAAAAUGUCAAUGGGAAUGGAUAUAUCACCAGUUGAUUUGAUUAACAUACAAAUGUUUGCUGGACGAGUUGUUUCACUAAGUAAUUAUAGGAAACAAAUAUCAGAAUACCUCCACACGAAGAUGAACUCUGUCGCACCAAACCUAACAACGCUUAUCGGAGAUCAAGUGGGAGCUCGGUUGAUAUCUAAGGCUGGUUCUCUCACAAAUCUGGCCAAGUAUCCUGCCUCCACAUUACAGAUAUUGGGUGCUGAAAAGGCGCUAUUCAGAGCCUUAAAGACCAGGUCUAACACACCAAAGUAUGGUCUCUUAUAUCAUUCAACAUUCAUUGGCCGAGCAGGUCUCAAAAACAAAGGCCGGAUCAGUAGAUAUCUGGCGAAUAAAUGUUCUAUUGCUUCAAGGAUUGAUUGUUUCUCUGAAAACCAAACAACUGUAUUUGGCGAAAAACUCCGGCAACAAGUAGAAGACCGUUUGAAGUUCUAUGAAACGGGAGAUAUUCCUAUGAAGAAUAUUGAAGUUAUGAAACUUGCUAUGGAAGAAGCUGGGCAGCAAGCAUUGGAGGAGGAAACGCCCAAGAAGAAGAAAAAGAAGAAGAAGGACAAGAAGCAAGAAGUAGAAGCUAUGGAAGAAUAG